AUUAAUUUCUGCAUUAUAUUUUUGUUUUAAAUGUAUUUUUGUUCCUUCGAAUGUUUAUAUGUUGAAUUCCUCUGUUUCUCUCUGUUGAAAUACAAAACAUAUAUUAGUUUCCCAGUUCUCUCUGUUUCUCUCUUAUUUUGGGUGUUUACAGCAGCAGCAGAUUGCCAAAUGGCACUGAGCACCCAAAGAGACUCUGCCUUUCUUCCUUCACCUGAUCAGUCUGCUCCUCAAUCAAACCACGAUGUGUUUUUGAGUUUCAGGGGUGAGGACACUCGAAAUAGCUUUGUGUCCCAUUUAUACCACGAAUUGCAGCUCAGGGGCAUUAAAACAUUCAAGGAUGAUCCAAAGCUUGAAAGAGGGACAGCUAUUUCUUCGGGGCUCUUCAACGCAAUCGAAGAAUCAAGGCUUGCAAUCGUUGUCCUCUCGCCAAAUUAUGCGUCUUCUUCCUGGUGCUUGGAUGAGCUUACAGAGAUUCUCCAAUGCAUGAAACCCAAGGGCACAAUUCUGCCAGUGUUUUAUCGUGUGGAUCCCUCCGAUGUGAGAAAACAAAGCGGCAGUUUUGCGUGCGCGUUCGCUGAGCAUGAGGAAAGGUUUAGGGAAGACAGAGAAAGGGUGAAGAGCUGGAGAACUGCUUUAACUGAAGUGGCCAAUUUAUCUGGGUUUGAUUCAAAGAAUGAGUGUGAAAGAAAGCUUAUUGAAAAUAUUGUUGAAUGGGUGUGGGAGAAAGUGCAUCACAGAUUCAAAUUGUUAGAUUCCAAAGGGUUAGUGGGAAUGAAGUUUAUACGUGAGCAAGUAGAUUUGCUUUUAGCUCACUCUACGGAUGAUGUUCGCUUUAUAGGGAUAUGGGGGAUGGGCGGAAUUGGCAAAACAACCAUUGCUCAGCUAGUUUAUGAUAGCAUUUCUACCCAUUUUGAAGUUAGCUGCUUUCUUGCUAAUGUUAGAGAGGUUUCUCAACGUGGUAAUCUUGUUCAUCUACAAAGACAACUUCUUUCCCCAAUCUUAAAGGAUCAAAUUACUCAAGUUUGGGAUGAACAGUGGGGAACCUCUGUCAUUAAGAAAUGCUUGUAUAAUAAAAAGGUUCUUCUCAUUCUUGAUGAUGUGAGUGAAUCAAGCCAUCUUGAAAAGUUGGCUGGUGAAAAGGAUUGGUUUGGUAAGGGGAGUAUAAUCAUUAUUACAACUAGAGAUAAACGGUUGCUAGUUAAACAUGAUAUACAUAUAUCAUAUAAGGUAGAGGCGUUAGGUAAUGAUGAUGCUCUUGAGCUCUUCAGUUGGAACGCCUUUAAAAAAAAUGAGCCGGAGGAAGGUUAUUUGGAAUUGUCAAAGGGUUUUGUAAAUUAUGCUAGAGGACUUCCACUAGCUCUUAAACUUUUGGGAUGCUUAGUGUAUAAGAGAGAUCAAUAUGAAUGGAAAAGUGAAUUGGAUAAGCUGCAGAAAAUUCCUAACUCACAAAUUAUUGAUUUGCUCAAAAUAAGUUACGAUGGACUGGAUGAGAUGAAUAAGGAUAUAUUUCUUGAUGUUGCAUUUUUUCACAAGGGGAUGUUCAAGGAGCGUGUAGUUGAAAGACUAGACUGCUGUGGCCUAUGUGGUCAUAUUGGGAUAAAUGCUCUUGUCCAGAAAUCACUUUUAACUAUUGAUAUUUCAAAUAACACGGUUGAGAUGCAUGAUUUGAUACAGGAAAUGGCAUUGGAAAUUGUUCGUCGGGAGUGUCCUGAUGAGCCUGGUAGACGAAGUCGAUUGUGCAAUUGUGAUGAUAUCUCUCAUGUAUUCAUAAACAAUACAGCAACAUACAAAAUUAAAGGCAUUGCCUUACGCAUGGCGAGACUUGAAAUGGCAGAUUGGAAUUGUGAAGCCUUCUCUAAGAUGUGUAACCUGAAAGUUCUUGAAUUUGAUAAUGUGAUCAUUUCUUCAAGCCCCAGAAUUCUUCCUAAUUCCUUGAGAAUUAUCAAAUGGAGUUGGUAUCCUUCCAAAUUUCUCCCAUCAAGUUUUCAACCGAAUUUCCUUAUUGCACUUAAGAUGCGUGAGAGCAAACUUGUUCGGCUUUGGGAUGGAAGAAAGGACUUGCCCAACUUGAAAAAAAUGAAGCUUUUUGGCUCUAAAAACUUGACCACAACCCCAGAUUUCAGUGGCGUUCCGAAUCUUGAGUUGUUGGAUUUUCAAUUUUGUAAGAAUUUGGUUGAGAUUCACCCGUCAAUUGCAAAUCUCAAAUGUCUUAAAAGCUUGGAUCUUGGUUAUUGCUCAAAAUUGAAAAAGAUUCCAGAAUUUUCAAGGCAAAUGAAAAAUUUGUCAACGCUUAAUUUAAGUGGGAUGUCCAUUGAGAAAUUAUCUUCAUCAAUAGGAUGUCUGGUUGGCCUUACUGAUCUGUCACUACAGUAUUGCAAAAAUCUCGCGGGUCUUCCGAGUGAAAUUUGUAAUUUGAAGUCUCUUACUGAUCUGUCACUACAGUAUUGCAAAAAUCUCGCGGGUCUUCCGAGUGAAAUUUGUAAUUUGAAGUCUCUUACACACCUCGAGGUGAGUGGAUGCUCAAAAAUUGACAAAUUCCCAGAGAACAUGGGAGAGAUGGAGUGUUUACAUACGCUUCAUCUGAAUGGAACUGCUAUAAGACAGCUGCCACGCUGCAUUGUUGGUUUGAAAAAACUGAGGGAUCUAUCUUUGGAUGGAAGAAGUGGAUCACAACCUAAUAAAUCAAGGUUUUGGUGGGGCCUCCCCCGCUUAAAUGGAAGAAAGGCAUUUGUGUUGGCUUCGCUUGAUGGUUUAUUCUCUUUGAAGUAUUUGGAUCUAAGUAAUUGUGGCGUUUGUGAAGGGGAUCUUCCCAGUGAUAUUGGUUGCUUGUCCUCUUUAGAAAAAUUAAGUCUUAGUGGAAACAAUUUUGUUAGCCUUCCUGCAAGCAUUGGAUGUCUUUCUAAGAUUAAGUCAUUUUGGGUGAAUGGGUGCCAAAGUCUUGAACAAUUGCCAGAUCUUUCUAAGCUUAUCUCAUUGGUGGAUAUAAACAUAGCCAAUUGCACUUCCUUAAAAAUGUUACCACAUCUUUCGUCAAAUUGCUCAUUAAAGAACAGAAUACAUUUUAAUUGUGCCAAUUGCUUUGUAUUGGUUGACAAUGAAGGCUGCGACAGUAUAAUACUGAAAAUGCUACAGCGAUACCUUCAGCCUCGGGUACUCCGUUUUAUUAGGCCUCUUUACGGAUUCACAAUUUUAACUCCUGGAAGGAAAAUUCCAGAGUGGUUCAGUAAUCAAAGUUUGGGAGAUUCCCUAACUGUGGAGCUACCUACCACGUGGAUGGGAAUUGCUUUUUGUGUUGUGUUUGAAGUUCAGGCUAAUCUUUCUGAUGUUCAUUAUGUUCGAAUUAACUGUUCCCCACAAGGAAUGCGGACACAUGGAGUAUUUCCAAAAGAAUUUACUAUAUUCGAUGUUGUGUCAGAUCACCUUUGGGUAAUUUAUGUAUCUCGUAUACAAUCUGAGAAGAUAUGCGGUCAGAUAAAGUUUUUGUUCACAACUUAUUAUUCUCAUCAAGACAUAAUGCUGGAACACAAAAAAUCUUGUGUGAAGAAGUGUGGGUUUCGUUUGGUGCACGAGCAAGAUGUGGAACAACUCAACCAGAUCAUGAUGAACAAAUCCGUCAUCAAGAGCACUACUACUUGUCCUACCAAAUCAGCUGAUGCACAAGGUCAACACCACCAUGAUGACGAGGAGGCUAGUCCUAGUGGAAGUGGUAGCUCUCACAAAAAAUCUCUCUUCUGCAAUACCUAUGCUCUUUCCAAAAAGGCAGACCAAGAUGAAUUAAAUGAUGUUGUUGACGAAGCUCGGCCCAGAAAAAGAAAAAAGAUCGAUGCGAUUGGGACUAACCUAUGAUUCCUCACUUUCAAAGCAAGAGGCAUCACAGCUGCUGUAUUUCAAUUACAUAUUACAAGACUACAGCUGUUGAAGCCAGCCAAUUGUGUCCUGUGGUCAACUGAAAUUUGGGUUCUUGAUGCCAUGGCCGAUAUUGGGCACACUGCUAUUUCAUUGAUCAUAUCUUUGAUAGUUUGUGCAAUCUCUCAUUCAAUUAUGCAUUCUUCUCUUAUUUAGCAUCUCUCAGUUUCAAAUUAUGCAACAGAAUAGAAUUCAUGAGAGAUUCAUUAACAUCCCAA